AUGUCUGCCCCCAGACUCAUUCCCCUUUGGAAGGACUUUAAGCACGUCCUAAAUGAGGUGCUAGAUAAAAGCAAGCCCACAGGAGAUGGCUCAAAGAACAACAUCGUGGUGCUGAGUGACCGUUCCGUGAUACUGUUCAGAGAGUCUCGCUACCCUCACCACAUGCCACUUAUAUGCUAUUACUUCAGUGACGCCAACUUCUUCGUCUCCUUCUCGUGGGUGACAACGAGCGUUAAAGAAGUUCAGACUGUAGUAUGGGUGAAGAACAAACUGGAUGACAAUGUCGAGAAGAAGACAUUCUCCAUGACUGACCGACUACCGCCCAUCCAGUCCAUGGUCCACACGGGGUCCUUCCACAUCCUCGUGGCCUACUGCGGCGACAUGAUCCUGAGGCUGUUUGGUGACCACUUCCGGGCGUUCAAGUCCCUGGGGAUCGUGCCCUGCCGCUUCAACAUUAGCUGCCUCUGCUAUGACCCAGAAAUGAAGAUGCUGCUGUCAGGCAUCAUGGGAGCAGUGGUCACCUGGAUCAUUGAGCGGAGUGGCAGGGGCCUCCAGAUAGCCCACACGGUCACCAUGACCAGUGAUGAGCUCGUCCAGGACAUCAGCUUGAAUGGCCCCAACGGUGGCAUCCUAGCCCUGUGCGAGACGACAGUGAGGGUCCUGGAGCGCCAGGGCUAUGGCCAGCUGGCCGAGGUGAAGAGGUUCACGUCCACCACCUCCGGCUCGCCCAUCACCUGCUGUUACACCUGCUUCGACCAGGGCUUUCUCUACGCAGGCAACGAGGCCGGGGAAAUCCAAGCCUGGAACCUCAGCGAGAGCUACUCCCUCCACAGCUUCAAGGCCCACUCCAUGGCGGUGAUGUGUAUCCGCAGCCGGCCGGAGGCCCACACCCUGCUGACGGGGGGCAAGGAGGGCAUCAUCAAGGAGUGGAAUCUGACCUCGGGGAGUCUGCUGCGGCGGCUGGAGCUCGGCGAGUAUCUGUUCCGCCUCCAGUUCAUCGACAACACCACCUUCUUCUGCCAGACGACGCACACGUUCUCCCUGCGCCACCUGCCCUCCUUCUACAACCUCUUCAACGUCUGCGGCUCCUCGCCCCAGGAGGUGCGGCGCGUUCACUGCGGUCACAACUGGUUCCGGAUCCUGUGUGUCACCGACGACGGCCUGCUGCGCUUUGUGUCGCCGGUCACCGGGGAGCUUCUGGUGGUCACCUGGCCCUACUCAAUCCUGGACAGGGCAGUGGACUGGGCCUAUGACCCAGAGAAAGAGGAGCUCUUUGUGGCAACCGGCAGUACGGACGUGCUGGUGUUCGACACAACCCGCUGCCCGUGCCCCGCCAAGUAUCUCUUGUGCACCACCCCGGACACGCAGGACUGGGUCCAGUGCCUGGCCUACGGCCACUUCCACCUGGGCCGGGGCUUGGAAGGGCUGAUGUUUGCUGGGCACCAGAGUGGCGUGAUAAGAGUGCUGUCCCAGCACAGCUGUGCGCGCAUGGAGAAAAUGACGCACUUCGGGGCCGUGCUUGCGCUCUGCACCCUGCCUCGGUGGGUUUCAGGCAGCCACGGGGAUUCUCUGCUCUGUUCCUACGGGAUGGAUGACUACGUGCACCUGUCGGAGGCCGUGCUGGAGGGCAUCCAUGUCCACCUGCGGCCCCUCGCCAGCAUCUUCAGCAGCUGUCAGCUGAAACACCUGAAACUCCUGCCCAAGUCCGUGGGCGCCAUCACCGAGACCAACUGCCUGCGGCUCUGGAAGUUCCACGACUUCAUGUCCUCGCAGACCCCGGGCGGCACGUCGUUCGUCGAGACGCUGCCUCUGCACCAGUGCGCCAUCACGUCCUUUGACGUCUGCCUGCCCUUGAGUCUUUUCGUCACGGGUGCGGUCGAUGGCACCGUCCGCAUCUGGAACUUCCACGGCAGGCUGAUCGCCAUGCUGGACUCGUCGCUGCACUUCGGCCCGCUCUGCUUCGCCAACGACCGCGGCGACCUGCUCGUGACCUUCAACCAGAGUUUUUAUCUGGUGUCCUGCUUACGACUGAUCCCGCCAGAACUGCUGUCCCGCCUGAGCCUGAUGAGCAUGCUGGACGACGUGCUGGAGCUCCCGAGGCCCUUCAUGCCAAGCUUCUUCUUCUCUUUUGAGACCAUGUUCGUGCCCAAAUACGUCUACCACGGGCAAGGGAGACAGGAGCUGGUGGGGCUGGAGAAGCUUGUCAAUAAGCGGGCCAUUGCCUUCGACCACUCCGUGCCACACGUGGUCGAGGAAGACGAGGAGGGGGGCACCGUGAUACGGUCCACUUUCAUAUGCGACUCCCUGAACAAGGACGAGGCGGACUGGAUGAAGGACAGCAAGUCUCAGCCCCAUUAUGUGGUGCCGCCACAGCUGAACCUCACCAGCUGGGACGGACUCAACCCCUAUCAGAUCCUGCGGUGCUACUUCGGUCACGGGCGGGACUGGCCCUUUGCUCCCGACGGCUACAUCCCCAACUCAGUGAUCCGGGCCCGCCUCUGGCCGGAGGGCAGCCCGAUAUUCCUGCAGUGCAGCCUGCACUCACCCACGCGGCAACUGGAGUGGGAUAAGUCGCAAUUCGUCUUCUGGCACGGGAGGGUAAAGCCUAUCAUUGAACACGAAGAACAGACAGUGGAAAAGGAGAGCGAGCACUUCCUAGAGCAGAGAGCGUCCAAGGACGUAACCUACAGCGUCCUGACGGACGCGGCCAACCGCAGCUGGCUGGGAAAGCGGAUGAGUGAAAUUGCUGUGAGCAGCAUGAUCGAGACGGUCCUCAACAUCAUGCUCCACGCCAUUCCGCUGAAGUACCAGUUGUGCAUCGGCGCCCUGGGGCAGAUCUUUGCCUCUUACGAGGUGUCGCCGCCUCUGCGCUCCGAAACGGCCCACCGGCUGCUGGACGACACCACCAACUCCAACCCUUUAAUCCGAGAGCUGGCCUGGGAAGGGCUGAAGCGCCUCGGCAUCAUUACUCACCUCUUUGCCAUGCCGCUGGCCCAAGGGCUGAUGGACAAGGACCAAAGAGUGAGGGAAAAGGUCCUGAGCCUGAUGGCCGAGACCGGCAUCCACUCCAAGAGCUCCCUUUUGAACUUGAUCCAGAACCGAGAUACUUUCCGGGAGAUGCAGCAGGAAAUGGUCGGGGAGAAGCCUCUGGACCAUCUGCUGGGGAUGCGAGCCACAGACCUCCCCAUCCUUUACACUCAAGUGGAAAAGCGCCUGGAUGAAAACCUGACCUUGUCCCGCGAACACAAAAAGCCUGAGUUUACUCUGGCUGUCUUCUUAGACGGGGCGCCCUCAGAGCCCACUAUAAUUGCUAAGGAACAUGAAGUCCCUGUGAAGCCCAGCAAAGGCCAGAGGCGGGGCCGGGCAGGGGGGAAAAAACAUGCCCGAAAAUGGUUGCGGGGACUCAAGAAGAUAAAGGAGAUGGGCCUAGAGGCUGUCAAGCCAGUUUCCUCAGAGGAUGAAGGUGACCGUCCCCCAGAGGUAGAAGAGAUAGUCAUUUCUGGCAGAAGGCACUCAAUCCUCAUUAUAAAAGAUGAAGAAACAGAACUUUCCAAGAUAAGUGCGUCACAGGAUGCACUGCCCGUAAAGCCACGGAAGAAAGUACGGGACAAAAAAGGCAAGAAAAAAGCAACUCAGAUACCCAUAAAGAAGCUCAAAAAGACAAAAAGUCCUGACAUUCCAAUGGAGACACUUCAGGAGCCUGAAAAGAAAGAAGUGGUUGUGAAGAAGAAAGCCAGCGGGCGAGGCACCGCUGGCCUGCCUGGCUCCAGGGCCAUCCGUGGGGAGGUCUUAAAGUGGCGGGAUGACCUCUGUCGUCUCAUGACCUUAAGGAUAUCUGGUUCCCAAACGAAAAUGUCAGAAUCUCUGAACAACGAGAUCGUGACCAGGGCUCGGGAGGUCCUGAUUGAUCGACACCCUAGCUGGGAGCUCUUUCAGGAGAUCUGCCCCCUGCUGAAGAAAGAAAGUGAUCUCGUUGAGACUCCUGACUGGGACGAGGCCUGGCCAGAGGAGAAAACAGCAUUUACUCAGGAUACAGCCAUCAGAGAGGAGUUGGUGGUCACCCACAAGGAAGAAAUGCCCAAAGAGGAAGAGCAAGAAGUGCCGGAGGAAGUAGGGGGUGAGGAGGACUUGACAGAAACCCGGGUGAGCCCCAAAAAAGGCAAGAAAAAAAAAGUGAUUUUUGCAGAGACAGGAGACCUCGGGAAGGAAAAGCAAAGACUGAAGAGAGAAAAGAAACCCUCUAAAAGGACCCCUCGGCAAGUGAUGUCAUUAGUUUCACAGGAGAUAAAAAUAGAUAAAAAAAUGAAGAAAAUGCCCAAAGGAAAGGAGGCUAUAAGCCAGAAGAUAGAGGAAGUGGCCAAAGGGGAGGAGAAAGUGACUGAGCAAGAAGAAACACCACUUGAGGAGAGGAAGGUGUCUUGGAAGCAGUGGAGGGACACCUGGGAUGAGUGGAAACAGAUUCACAGUGAGAUACACAUACCCUGGAGGGAAUGGAAGAAAGAGUGGGCAAAGAGGGAGCUUGAGGAAGAGGAGGAGACACACGAGGCCAAAGAAAAGCCAGUCCCAGAGGAGGAAAAGCCGGCUGAGGAGGAAAUGAUGAAGAAGUGGGACGAGUGGGCAUAUGUCUGGGAAGAGAUACUGUCGUCUAGGUCCAAGGAGAAACCUCCAGAGGAUGAGAAGGAGAAACCAGUAAAGGCUGAGGAGAAGAAACCGGUAGAGGAGGAGCUGGAAGUGUUAGAGGAGGAAGAGGAAGGGUCCGAGGGGGAGCAGGAAGUGGCCGAGGCGGAGGAGGAACUGCUGCCCCUGCUGUCUCAGGAAGAACAGAAACAGGCCCAGGAGGCGUGGAGACAAGCACAGCUUGAAAGAAAACGGGCCCAUGAAGAGAGGAAGCUGGCACAAGAGGAAGUGAUACUAGCGCAAAAAGAGGGAGAACUGGCCCACGAAGAGAGGAAGCUAAUCACAGAGUAUGAGAAGAUGGCCCAUGAUAAAAUGGACACGACAGAGACUGAGUGGAACUUUCUCCGGAGAGAGGAAAAACUGGCCAAAACAGAGGAGAAGCUAAGCCGGGAAGAGGAGCAAUUGGCCCACAAAAAGAAUUCAUUCUCCAAGAAAUGGGAGAAGCUGGCUGUAGAAGAAGAGGCCCUCGCAAGAAAAGUAGGGAAGCUAGCUAUGUUAAAAGCGUCACUGUUCCAGAAAUUGGAAAGAGUGGCCCAGCAGGAACAGGAUCUGAUAAGUCAAGAGAAUGACCUAGCCCAGGAAUUGGAAGAAAUAGUAUGGGAAGAGGAGGAAAUGACCUGGAAAGAAGAGGAACUAAAUAUGGAAGAGAAGGAACUGGAUGCGGAAGAUGAGGCACUGAAUGAGGAAGAGAAGGCACUGGCCUGGCAAGAGGAGAAACUGGCCAAGGAAGAAAAAAAGCUGGCCUUGGAAGAAGACCUGCUGAUCCAGGAAGAAAACAGAUUGGCCCAAGACAUGGAAAAAUCACCUGAAGAAGAGAGAAGACUGGCCCAGAAAAGGGAACGGUUGAUGGAGAGGAAGGAAAAAGUGGCUGAGGAGAGGGAAUUACUCAUCCAGAGCAAAGAGAAGCUCACAGAGGAAAGGAGGAUACUAUCCCAGAAGAGGAUGGCUAUGGCUCAGGAGAAGGAGAACCUGGCUCUGGUGAAGGCGCAGCUGACUCAGAGGAAACAGGAUUUGUUGCAGCACAAAGAAAACAUUGCCCAGGACAAGCAGAAAUUAGCCCACAUAAAGGAGAAAAUGAAAGCGUGUGAGGAGAAAGUGGCUCAGCUGGAGAAACAGGUGGCAGAGAAAAAGAAGACACUUGCCCAGAAGAAAGAGAAACUGACUGUUAUACAGAAAAAGCUGGCUGAAGCCAGGAAAACUCUGGCUGAGAAGCAGCAGAAACUGGCGCAGGACAAAUUGCAAUUAGCUGUGGAGGAAAAGAUAAUGCUCCAAGAAGGGAAAGUGAGCCGGAAAAAGUGGGAUGCUGCUCAGGAACAAACAGCACUGGAAUCGGAAAUUAAGAAACUGGCCCAGGAGAAGGAGAGAGUGGCAGAAAAGAAAAUGCGGUCUAAGGAUGAGAUUCAAGCAACUUCAGGACAGGAAGUAGCAACGGAGAAAGACCUAGAACAAACCAUGAGGAAGUUAUCACUACAGGAGAAGAUACUGUCAUAUGAAGAUAGGAUACUGGCCACAGAGCAAAGGGAGGUUGCCAAGGAAGAAAUGGAAAACACUCGGAAAGAGAGGUUAUAUGUCCAGGAAGAAAGGAAGCUUGCCAAAGUAAUAAGGAAGUCCAUUAAAGAGAGCAAGGACGUCUUGAAGGAACCCAAAGCGAGAAGGAAAAUAUUAAAGGCACUUCAAAAACUUACCAAAGAGGAAAAGGCACUGACCAAGGAAGAGCUACAAUUGGCAAAGGUAAAGAGGUUACUCAUGGCUAAGGAAAGGAAACUGAGCAGGUUACAGAAAGCACUUGACAGCAAAGAGUGGAGUGUUGCAAAGGAACAAUCAGAAAUGACCAGAGAAGAGAAGAGACUGGCAAAGAAGCAGAGGGAGUUGGCUGACCAAAUGAUAAGCCUGACUAAGAAAGAGGAAAAACUGAUUGAGGAAGAAAGCAGGUUAGCAAAAAAAGAGCAAGGACUACUAGAAGAAACAGAAGAAUUAACAGAGGAUGAAGAGGUAAUCCCAUCCCUUCGUCCAAAGUCAAGAAAGAGCAAAGAGCCAAAGAGGGGUGAUGUAUCACAGAAAGUGUCUCCAUCACCUUUGAGUCAAGCAGAUGAGUUGGAAAAUGAAGAGAACUUUUCUAGGAAACUUGAAAUCCUGUUAGAUAAGAUGGAGAAAGAAACUCUGUCUGAGGAGGAGGAGGAAGAAAGGGAGGAAGAGGAAGAAAAAGUGGAAGAGGAGGAGGAGGAAGAGGAAAAAGUGGAAGAGGAGGAAGUGGAGGAGGAAGAAGAGGAGGAAGAAGAGGAGGAAGCUAGGAGGGGAAAGAAGAGGAGGAAGACAAAGAAGGUGCAGGAGGAGGAAGAGGAGGAAGUGAUUAAAGAGGAGGAAGCUGUGGCCAAGGAAGAGGUGAAAAGUUUGAGCAAGAAGGAAGCAAAGGAGAGACGCUCAUUGGAAGAAGGAGUAGACAAGGAAAGAACAGUCUCAAAAUUAGAAAAGCUAUUGAAGUUAAAAGGAAAAAAGAGCCCAACAGAAGGAGAAAUGGUCCCUUUUGAUGGAAAAAAAAUUCCUGAGCUCAUGGACAGUGCUGUACAACUGGGGGAGCUUAAAAUUCCUUCUGAGCUAAAAAUUCCUUCCCGAGAGCUGAAAAAACUGAUCUCAGUAUCUCUGGAGAAGGAAGAGAAGAUUCCAGAGUCUGUGUCUCUGGAACAGAGAGCCCGAGAGUUUAAGGCCACAGUGUCUGAGACAUCCAGGGCAUUUGCAGAGACAAAGCUGAUCCACGAACAAGGACAGCCGCAGGGCUACCCGGCCGCCGCCGCACGCAGGUAUGAUACAGACGUGGAGUCUCCGGAACUGGACAUACAGACGCCCUACGUGUCCCAUCUAUUGAGGAAGGCCAUGGAAGCUCAGACAAGCCAAGGCAAACCCUUAGAGACCAAGUGGGAGUGGAUUAUGCGGCACCGUCCAUCUCUGAUGGAGAAGACUAAGCCACAACUGCCAGCCGCCACGGCUGAGAAGAUACAGGUGGAGGUAAGCCUGUCAGACGUCAACUGGCUCCACUGGGUCCUGGAACGGAUGGAGGCCGGAGAACAGAUCUCCAGGAACAGCUUCCACAGGUUGUGCCAGGUUCUCCAAGACCUCACCUCAAAGGGCAACGUAAAGUGGAUGCAGCUGGCCCUCCUGGAUGCCAUCGCGCACCGUCACAGGCCAGCCCCGCGGCCCCGGAGCACAGGUAUCUCGAAACACCUGAAGGCGCCCUUGAGCCCAAAGUACCCGAAAGUGAUCCCUCCUAUAAAAGGGAAGGAGCGGGAGAGCUGGCUCAGACCUUUGGCUGAGCCCACCCUGAAGGCCCCCCUCGUGACCAAGAGGAUCCCAGACGCAAAGGCUAUCAACUGGCAUCUCCUCGGGGAGCCCCACAGGAGUGCGCGGGCCCGCCAGCGCUCCCACGCCCUGCAGGAGAUGGAGAGGCGCCAUUUUGAUCCCGUCGUGAGAGACGUUUUCACCGACACUCACGCUUGUGUGGAAAAGCAAACCUUAGCCCUGAUGUUUCAAAAGGACUUCUGGGCCUUUAAGGGUAAGGGCAGGGUUCCCAAACUACCCAAGCUGGGGAAGCCGGCACAGCCCGUCUCGAAACACAAGGAGGAGGUGCCCCCGUGGGAGACCUUCGUGGCCCUGUACUACGUUUUGCGGACGCUGCAGGACCAGUACCCCAAGGACAGUGCUGGGUGGAUGCAAGAGUUCCACCAGCUCAUGGACCUGUACCAGCUGAAGUCCCCCCGAAUCCAGAGGCUGCUGCAGGAGCUGCUCCUGGGGGAAGAACCCCAAGAGGCCACCGACAGAGAGGCCCCAAAGGCCAUGCCGUUGGCACCCGGGGAACGGCUGUUUUACCACCUGUACUACAGCAGUUCUCACGCCCCCCCGCGGCCUCUGGUCUUCCAGCAUGUAGUGUCUCUCCCAGAGCAGAACAACGUGCGUGCCAUCCUCCCCAUGGGCAUUGCCCAAUAUGGGAUCCUAGAACUUGCCUGGAAGAGUCUGCCUCAAGCAGAUAUUCACCUCUCCGAGAAAUGUCCCCACGUCAUUGCUCCUACUCCCUGACUCGAGACCCACGGGAGGUCAGGACUUCUUGCAGAUGGGCCUGGUCACCAGAAGCUGGACCCUGUGUCCCCAGACA